AUGUCGUUCGAAUCGGACGCAGGAUCUCCUGGCAAAUGUCCCCACCUUGCCGCGGUAUUCAGCGACGACAGCGAGCGCGGGGCGCUACUGAACAGAUAUAAGACCGUGGUGUCGUGGAACACGCAUCGAAAUCACAACAUUGCAUACUCUGCCAAGCGUCGCAAGAUCACUCCUCCCGACUGCGGCCUUUGUGGACUUUCGUUGUCGCGUCCAUACGCCUGUUUGCACUGCUCAUCUGCGGCGUGCUGGAGCGGCGGACAUAUCAAACAGCACCUACAAGACACGGGUCACGACUUCUGUGCCGAUGUAAAAACAGGCUAUGUGUUCUGCAUCGAGUGCGACGAUUUUGUCUAUGACGGUACUUUCAACCGCCUAUUCAGAGCUACCAGUAUCGCGGCAGAAGAGAAGGCCACAGCAUUUGAAGUGUCCAAACGGCUGAGAGAGCCGUUCACACCUUGGGAGCCGAACGGACAGGAACAGGCCGCGCUCGAAGGCGCGAUUGCUACACCCUGUCAAGGCCGCCGCGGUCUCCUGAACCUCGGGCAGACGUGCUUCAUGAACGUAAUCUUGCAGUCGUUCAUCGCAAACCCGCUGCUCCGCAACUACUACCUCGGGGAUAAGCACAACAGCCGGCUGUGCAAGCUCAAGGACUGCACGUCGUGUGAAAUGGACAAACUGCUCGCGGAGGUCUAUUCCGAGAACAACGCGCCAUAUGGUCCCAUCGAGCUUCUUGCAAAAACGUGGCGCACGUCCCCUGAGAUGUCCGGAUACGCCCAGCAAGAUGCCCACGAGUUCUUCAUCACCGCGCUGAACCACAUCCACGCCACGUCAAGGGGAUCGACGUCCUUGCAGUGUAUCUGCAUCAUCCACUCGACCUUCGCCGGCCUCCUGCAGAGUGACGUCAAGUGCGAGCGAUGCGGCAACGUCGCCGAGAAGACGGAUCCGAUGCUCGACAUCAGUCUCGAGCUCAAGGGAGAGACGAGCGGCGAGGAUCUCACGCUCGCGUCGUGUCUACGCAGGUACACCCAUCCGGAGAAGCUGGGCCCGAACAACUACAGCUGCGAAAAGUGCGGCAAGGCAUCUCAUGCGAGCAAACGGCUCAGCAUCCGGAAGCUGCCCCCCGUUCUCAGCUUCCAGUUCAAGCGCUUCGAGCACAAGUCGGUGGACAGGUCCGCGGCGCGCAAGAUCGAGGCGCGCGUCCGCUUCCCAUCGUCGCUAAACAUGGCGCCGUACACGACCCUGGUCAUGCAUAAGCAGGAGCUAUUGAAGGACGGCGGGGCCGCGUCCGCGUCCCCGGCGAGCCUCAUCCCGGACAGAAGCCUCGGCCCCGAGACGCUCUACGAAUACGACCUGUUCGCGGUCGUAUGCCAUGAGGGGCAGAUCGACAACGGGCACUACACGUGCUACGCGCGGUCGCACGACGAGUGGUACCGGUAUGAUGAUGACAAGGUCUCGCACUCGACGUUGGGUGCGUGUUUGAACUCGCAAGCAUACAUGUGCUUCUACGUCAAGCGGCACUUGGACUACAAGCCAAACAUCACACCGACAUACAUAGUCAUGCGGGAGCAAGAAGCGGUCAAGGAGAAAGAGCGGGAGCGAGAGAAGGAAGCGGCCCGUUUGAAGGAGGUCGACAAGGACCUCGAUGAAGAGCUUCUGGCUGCCAUUUGAGUACGGCAUGUUUUCGUUUCGAAAACGGCGCCUUUGCGCGCGAGGCCGCAGGCGGAGGAUGUGCAUGUACUGGAAGUGUAACAUUAUCGGGCAGACGAUGGAGCAGGCAGUUUCUAUGAGAGUACGAC